AUGGCCAGCAUCGCCAGCAAGGCCACAUGCAUCGUCUUGGCCAGCCUCGCGAGCGCCGCCACUAACACCACCAACACCACCAACACCACACGUAUCGAUUUGAACCCAAACGCAAAGGGAGCCUGCCAACCCACUCGAAGCGGCCCUCACGCCUGCGGUCCCAACGGCUCCCAGGACUGGCUCAACACGGGCGUCAGAGGCAACGGCUGGGACCCCCCCUCCCUGGACGUCCGCAACAUCACGCACAUCCCCCUGAAAGCCUUCUACAAGGGCGUCGGGAGCCCCUGCGAGAAGUACGACCGCUUCUUCAAGAUCUCGGGCAUGAAGUACGACGUCGACCCGGCGAUGCUGGCCUUCAUCGCCUUCCACGAGUCCUCCUGCAACGCCGACGCCCCCGGCCCGGCUCCGGGCCUGUUCCAGUGCGACCCGAGUAAUUGCCAGAACGGCAUGAAGCAAUGCCAGCGCCCCAUCAUGGAGAACUCGGACUGCGGCGCGCACGUCUUGCGCGUGGCCUUGAACCGCGCCGGGGGGAACAUUGUCUACGCGCUGGGCUUGUAUAAUGGCUGGUUUACGGCCGGUGACAGGACCGGGCUGAAUGGCGGACGGGGCCUGACGGAGGAGUAUCCGUGCUCUGGGGAGGGGAGGGCGUAUCGUGUCCCGCCGGACUUGAAUUACCUCCAUGAUAUGCUGAAUGGGUGGUUCCAGGGGUAUGAUAUGCGGAGCGAGGACGCGAGUACUGGUGGGACGUAUUACUGUCAUAAACACUGA